UUGUUUUUGUCUUUGUUUGAGUCGUGAUCUGUUCAUUCUUUCUUUUACCUCAGGAAAGACAGCAGAAGGUAUGGUUGUUGCUGCUCCCCAGCACCCAGCAGGAGUAGGGCCCCAAGCUGAGAAUAUUCCUCAUGGACCCCCUCCUGUGCAGGGCCCUAGACCCCCUGUUCCUGGUUCCUUUAGAGGGCCAUACCCAGACCGCCAGCAACAACAGAAUGGCUGGCCUUUCUUUUGUGUCCCACCUUCACAGCCCUACCUGCCUUACCAGUGGCCCAUGCCUGUGCCUUAUGUUCCUUAUGGUGGCUUCCCUGGGAUGGGUUAUGGUAUGGUGGUGCAACCUUUCCCCCCUGCUUCUUAUGUGGAACCACCUGGCUACAUCCUUCCUCAUGCCCAGCUGCACAUGGCUGACUACAGACGCAUGAUGGCCCCUCACCUGGCUCCUGCAAUGGCGUACCAAGCCCGCCGAUUCCGGUACCAGCACACAACGCCUUCUGGCAGAGUCAUGGUCAGUUCAGAAGUACAGACUGAGCCUGUUGGUACAGAGUCCCCCCAGCAUGACUGUAAGGGUGCAACGAGUUCCCAGACCAAUUCUGAAUCAGGGAGGGGUACUGCCUCUAGCAGCAACCUUUCAUCCCCCAAGCCACAUGCAGACACAUCAGCUUGUCCAGAAGAGGCCUUUGGGAUAAGUUCAAACAAAUCCCUUGCAGAUACAGUUGACUCCACAAGUAAUGUUUCAUCUGUGGUUCCAAACAGUGAAAUCGUCUUCCAGGCUGAAGAAGUGCGGAUUGAGUGCAGCGGAACUCGUGCUGGGCUCAAGCUUAUUCAUGCUAAGGAGACCACUGAGCUAGCCAGCAGUGGUGAGCUGUUGCAGUGCAACAUGGGAUCUGUGCACUCUGCAGAGGAUGUGGUCUUGAGGUGUUACCAGCCUCUAGCAUUUGGGGAGAACAAGCAGAGGGAACCUUUAGAUGAUCUGAACCACUCUGAUGAGCAGUAUUUGCCGGCCUGUCCAGACAUUCUAAUGACUGGAGCCUGCCCCUCUAGUGGCUCACUGGAAGGAUCAGAUAGUACUCCAGUUGAACCAGGCAACAGCACAGAGAUACAUACUCUGGCGGUCCAAGGGGAUCCCAGCUUGGUCAAAGGUGAAGAUGACUUCUGUGGUAACUCUAAGAAUCUUCACUUCAAAAUCUUACGACUGCCCUUUGACCUGCAGUGUUUGGAUGAGCUGCGUCAGAUGGAAGCCUCUGUCUGGUCUGUUGAAUCGCUGGUACCUUAUGUUCCCUCUACUGAGUGGAUGAUCCAGAAUGGUUUGCUAACCCCUCAGAGGCCAUCUCUGACCACAGUGAUGGAGGUUCCAUCUGAGGUUCCACUAGAGGCCAGCCAACCUGCAGCAGAUGCAGCUUCAACUCCACAGGAAAACCUGCAAGCUGAAAGAGCGAUUGAACUGGAUGGCCAAGACUCAAUGACCUCUCUUGAAUCUCUCCCACCCUACCUUCCUGCAGCCAGUUGGUUGGCUGAUUUCAGUAAUGUUUAUUACAGUAAACUACCUUCAAAUGUUCAACAGGUUGGGAACCUCAGAACCUGGCCAGAGGGGCAACGUGGCGAAAAGUCUGAAGUCAGUCAAGAUACCAACAUGGAAUCAUCAGUUUGCCCUAAAUCUGGUUCUGUGCAAUUCAAAGAGCCAAGAAGCAGACAUAGAAGUAGGACUGCUGGGCUCAGCCCUUCCCAUCAGGAUGGUUGUCCGGUUAAAUCGCAUUUAGGUAUGCUUCACUCUCCUGAACACAAAGUGCGGAUCUGUAAGAGUUGCCUGAUGAAACAAAAGGCACGCAACAUCUCUGGCAGUCCAAGCCCCAACUCUAACUGUGUGAAACGGCACAAGGUUGCUCAUUCUCAUUCGACAGGAGAUAAAACUAAAGUUCACUUGUGUGCAGUUUGUAUGUGUGACCCUGAGAAGAAGUCUAGGUGCAAAGCUAGUGUGGAUGGUGAAACAACUGAAGGGGAAGUCUCAGAAAACAGCUUGUACCCUACAGCAGGACCGAAGAAGAGAGUUGCCGAUGGCCAAAAGAUGUUACAUAAUAACUCCCAGAAAGUGUCUUCAGGCAGACACUCUGAGAAAUGCCCCAUGGCUCGCCAGUCCAAGCUUCGAGAGCAAAAUUGCUCCUGUGAGGGUCCUAAAGGUGUCCCCAGUUCUGCUCAAGUAUGGGACAGCAAUGGAUAUGGCCAGCAUAAUGAUCUCACUCUGGAAAAGAAUGAGAUAAACAUGGCUCUAUAUGCAACAGAAAGGUGGAGAGAUACUGAACAGAGGUUAAGUUCACAGAAACAGAAAGAGAAGUCAUGGAAAGGAGGUAUGCAAGUAUCAGAUACAGAGAGCACUAAAAGUGCAGGGAAGAUAAGAACCCACAAACAAAAGCAAUAUGCACCGACACCAGAACUUCACAGAAGAGACACAAGAUGCUGAUGACACUAUUGCACAGUAACCAAAUGGAUAAGCCCACUUCAUAAUCACGUUUUAAUGUCACAACUAUGAUUUUGAUCCCUUUAAAACUGAUCACAGCUCACUAUUUUAUACAGUGAUUGA